GUGGGAUGGCAUUUAUCGGCAGAUGGGCAGAUAAAUCUGUGUCCGCGUUUUAGUAGCUUUCAGUAAGACUUUUAUAGACUCUUGUUUAAAGAUGUCAAAGAGUGAUGCUGAAGAUAUGAUCUACUCUAACGACAUCAGCAGAGGAGAUCUAGGGGAGGUCUACGAAAAUGUAGAUGGUGUUAAAGAAUGUGAAGUCAAACGAGAGAUUAAGAACAUCGGCUCACAGAAGAACCUACAGACAGGGCGAGAUGCUCAAGUGAGCAGAUGCUACAGACUGGCUGCAGUGGGCCUGGGAUUGCUGUGUGUUCUCCUGCUGACUGCCAUCACAGUGCUGUUGAUCCAGUUCAACCACCUGACUGCAGAGAGAGACCAGUUACAGACCAGUAACACCAACCUGACUGCAGAAAGAGACCAGUUACAGACCAGUCACACCAACCUGACUGCAGAAAGAGACCAGUUACAGAAGGAGCGAGACAAAGUCGUAAGAGGACUUGGGCUUUUUGGUUGGAGUUACUUCAACUCCAGUCUUUACUAUCUCACAACGAACAAGAAGACUUGGAGCGGAAGCAGAGACGAAUGCAAACAGAAAGGAUCAGACCUGGUGAUCAUCAACAGCAGAGAGGAACAGGAGUUCAUCAAUAAAACUUUCCUCAGCACUGAAGCCUGGCUGGGUCUGACAGACAUCGCCAACGAGGGGGACUUUAGAUGGGUGGACGGCUCAUCUCUGACCCUUCAGUUCUGGUGGCCAGGAGAACCCAAUCAUUGGGGAGGAAAUGAGAACUGUGCUAUAACCGGUGUCUGGUAUUCUAAAUCUGAUAUAUUAACCUGGGCUGAUUAUCCCUGUGGACAUGUUACAUAUGGGCUCUGUGAGAAAUUGCUUUCCUGAGAACAUAAAUAACAAAAAAAGGAGUAAUCUAGUUUGCUUUUUAUACAUACAAUAUCCAACAUAAGUGAGCACUAUCUUUAGAUGUACUGUCCCCUGCAAAAAACUCAAUACCCAGCAAUUAAUAUCUACUGUAAAUAGCUGGCUUAAUCAGCAGGGCAGUUGCUUUUGUUCUGCUUGACCUCUCAUUUCUUCAACUUCUGCAGCAAUGCUGGCAGCACUUAACGGUAUAUUCUUUAAAGCUAACCUCUGGAUAUGAUGCUAUACUUGUGGACUCAACUUCUUUGGUCAUCCCUGGUAAGGCCUGUUCCGAGUAGAAACUUCCAAGUGGAAACCUGCUCUAUGACCUUCUUAAACCCUAGGCCAUCUUUGUGGAGAGCAACAAUUCUAUUUCUCACAUCCUCAGAGAGUUCUUUGCCAUGAAGUGCCAUGUUAAACAUUUGUCAGCCAGUAUGAGGGAAUUUAACAGACCUGUUCCUUAAUUGUUCCGUAACUCUAACAAGUGACUUGACACCAGGGGUGUAUACUGACACAAUUAGGCCUAAUUUGGGUAUGUUUCCUUUGAGAUGUACUCACUAAUCUCAGUGCUCUACGUUAUAUCCAAGAUUUAAUUCUAAGUAAAGUAUUGUCCAAUAAAAAGUUAAUAAAAUAUUUGCAGAAAUUCAAGCAAUGUACUCACUUUUGUUGGAUACAGUAUGUACUGAAAGUCACAGUUAUCAAAGUGUAGAAAUAUCUCAAUGUGUUUGCUGGUUUCUGUUCGAUAUGUUCAAUCUUUUAAGCAACUAGUCCUGAUUUUUACACUGUAAAAAAACCCACAAUGAAACAAUAGUUUGUUGAGUGUUACAAAUAUUUGUUUUUACAAUAUGCUUCUGCUAAAAAAUGUUUUUA